AUGGUCGAUGCAACCACAGGUCAUGAAGCCUUAUCUUUCAUGGAUGGUUCAUCUGGAUACAAUCAAAUAAGAAUGCCGCCAGAGGACGAAGAACUCACGGCUUUUCGCACUCCAAAAGGAAUUUACCGUUACAAGGUGAUGCCAUUUGGCCUCAAGAAUGCAGGUACGACCUAUCAACUUGCAAUGCAAAAGAUCUUUGGUGACAUGCUUCACAAGAAUGUCGAGUGCUACGUUGAUGACCUGGUGAUCAAGUCAAAAAGAAGAGAAGAUCACUUGAAAGACUUGAGAAUGGUGUUUAACAGAUUGCGGAAGUACCAACUCAAGAUGAACCCUUUGAAGUGUGCUUUCGGCGUCACGUCAGGUAAAUUUCUUGGUUUCAUCGUUAAACAUCGAGGCAUCAAAGUAGACCAGACUAAGAUUAAAGUGAUCCGAGAUAUGCUCGAGCCAAGAAAUUUACAUGAGUUGAAAAGUUUACAAGGGCGUCUCGCGUUUAUUUGGCGAUUCAUCUCAAACUUAGCAAGGAGGUGUCAGCCAUUCAGUCGCCUUAUGAAAAAAGAUGUUCCAUUUGUUUGGGAUGAAGCUUGUCACAAUGCCUUUGAAAGCAUAAAGAAUUACCUAUCGAGUUCACCACUGUUAGGAGCUCAUAUUCCAGGCAAACCACUCAUAUUGUACAUUGCGGCUCAAGAAAGAUCAAUUGGAGCCCUUUCAACAUAUGAAGAGUAUUCGUUGCAGGACACCAGUACUCGCAAAAGGCUUGAAUGA